AUGCUCGUUCUCGUAUAUUUUGCGCUUAUAGUCUCUGUGGCACUCGCUCUCCCGCAGGAUAGUAGCAAGGUGGAUGUCGAGUGUCCGGAGAUCAUACCUGGGCCUGGUCUUCCUAGUCUAGCCUCCCUCAACCUAACUUCGCAAGACCUAUGCAAGUCGCCUCAGGAGUUUAUGAUGGCGCAGUACGGCUACAUCGACGAGAAACUCCUAGGCGAUUUACCCAAAGAAGAUUCACACGUCGCCAGACAGGUUAACCAGUCAUUAUCCCCAAGGGUCAUUCUUCGUACUGCUACAACUAUCUUUGGGCCCUUGGAGACACACCCUGCGUCGUCCAACAAGGCGUGGGCUCGAGGUUCUGUCAUUCCACCGGCACAGUUCGAAACGUCGCGUGGUAUGGAAACACCGCUGACGGGCUGUACUCUCAAUCAACUUGCCGUGAUGUCGCCCGCGGAGGAUACUGGGUGCUGGAUAAUUGCAAAUUGUGGACAUCGUAUGGUUGGGAACUCACCGCAGGUAAGGAGUGAUAUCAUCUCCCGUUGA